AUGCGUGUGGAUGGCGAUACUAAAAAUCACAGCAUUUACGUCACCCCACAACUCAUCUCGUGUCUGCCAGUUUUGAUAGAAUACCAUGAGGAUUUAGUAUCCUAUUUAAUCAAGUUUUUGCAAAUAGUAACAUUCCUGAGAAAAGAUAUAUGUCGUAGCGAAGAAGAGAUUUUAAGUUUGCCACCAGACAGUACUGAUAUUUUUAAACGAAAUAUGUUGGAUCGAUGCAUGGAUAGACCAAAUCCAGAAUUUAAAAGAAGAAGAUACCCUAUGUUGGAACAAAUGUGUUAUGCUGAAUUCUUGUCAAGCUACUCUAUGAAAACAAAACCGAAACCAGAAGAUGAAGAUGACAGAUACUCACAUGGAAUCUCCUUAUCCGAAAUAUACCUGUUAUGUCCUCAAAAGAUAUGUUGUCUUUACGAAAAGAAAAGAAGGAGAAUUGUUAAGCAAAAACUCGGGUACUUACACAGAGAAAUUAUUGGAAAAUGGUGGAACUUAGAAAGGGAUAAAAUUCUUAUUCUGGCGCCAACUGGUGUUGCUGUUAUCAAUGCAGAGGGAAAUACAAUACACUCAGCCUUAGACGAAAUCUCAAUGGUUUCAAACAAGCUGCUGUUGCACAUUUACCAACGUCUAACUGAAAUAUUUGGAUGCGCAGAUGACAUUCCAUUUGCAGGAAUAUCUGUUAUAGCGUGUGGGGAUUUCUACCAACGUCCAUCAAUUCAAAUUCCUGAACUAACAGAAGUUAUGAGGCAGCGUGGUGAUCAAUGUUUGAUUGAAUUAUUAAACAAUAUCAGAGAGGGAAAGUUAGAAACGCAAAACGAAGAUUUACUAAAAUCUAAAUUUAUUUUUCAAAAUGACCAAACUACCCCAAAGAUGUGA